AACGGGCUCAUUCAGCGGUCGGGAGCUGCCCGCGAGGGGGAGCGGCCGGGCGGCUAGCGCGACUCGUCCCGGGGGUGGGGCCGGCGCGGUGGCCAGAGGAGACGAAGGUGGCCGCGGCGGCGGCGGCAGCAGCAGCAGCGCGCGGCAGCCUCGAACCCGGCCCGGAGUGCAGGGCGGCCGCCGCGGCUGCCGCUCCCCCUCCCGGUGCGUCCGCCCAUGGCGGCCGCGGGGCAGCUGUGGCUGCUUUACCUGUCGGCGUGGCUCCUGCCUCGGCUCGGCGCCGCCUUCAACUUGGACACCCGCGAGGACAAUGUGAUCCGGAAAACGGGGGACCCCGGGAGCCUCUUCGGCUUCUCGCUGGCCAUGCACCGGCAGCUGGAGCCUGAGGACAGGCGGCUGUUGCUCGUGGGGGCCCCUCGGGCGGUGGCCCUUCCCCUGCAGAGGGCCAACAGAACAGGCGGCUUGUACAGCUGUGACAUCACCUCCCCGGGGCCUUGCACACGGAUUGAAUUUGAUAACAACGCUGACCCUUCAUCAGAAAGCAAGGAAGAUCAGUGGAUGGGGGUCACCGUGCAGAGUCAAGGUCCAGGGGGCAAAGUUGUGACAUGUGCUCACCGAUAUGAAAAAAGGCAACAUGUCAAUACAAAGCAGGAAUCCCGAGAUAUCUUUGGAAGGUGCUACGUCCUGAGUCAGAAUCUGAGGAUUGAGGAUGACAUGGAUGGAGGAGACUGGAGUUUUUGCGAUGGCCGAUUGAGAGGCCAUGAAAAAUUUGGUUCUUGCCAGCAAGGAGUAGCAGCUACUUUUACUAAAGACUUUCAUUACAUUGUAUUUGGAGCCCCGGGCACUUAUAACUGGAAAGGCAUCGUUCGCGUAGAGCAAAAGAAUAACACUUUUUUUGACAUGAACAUCUUUGAAGAUGGGCCUUAUGAAGUUGGUGGAGAGACUGACCAUGACGAAAGUCUGGUUCCUGUUCCCGCUAACAGUUACUUAGGCUUUUCUUUGGACUCAGGAAAAGGUAUUGUUUCUAAAGAUGAGAUCACUUUCGUGUCUGGUGCUCCAAGAGCCAAUCACAGUGGAGCUGUGGUUUUGCUAAAAAGGGACACGAAGUCUGCACAUCUUCUCCCUGAGUACAUCUUUGAUGGGGAAGGUCUGGCUUCUUCAUUCGGUUAUGACGUGGCAGUGGCGGACCUUAACAAUGAUGGGUGGCAAGAUAUAAUUAUUGGAGCGCCACAGUAUUUUGAUAGAGAUGGAGAAGUUGGAGGUGCCGUGUAUGUUUACAUUAACCAGCAAGGCAGGUGGAAUAAAGUCAAGCCAAUUCGUCUUAAUGGAACCAAAGAUUCUAUGUUUGGCAUUGCAGUAAAAAAUAUUGGCGAUAUUAAUCAAGAUGGCUACCCAGAUAUUGCAGUUGGAGCUCCCUAUGAUGAUAUGGGAAAGGUUUUUAUCUAUCAUGGAUCCCCGAGUGGAAUAAAUACCAAGCCAACACAGAUUCUUGAGGGUAAAUCCCCUUAUUUUGGAUAUUCAAUUGCUGGAAAUAUGGACCUUGAUAGAAAUUCCUACCCUGAUGUUGCUGUUGGUUCCCUCUCAGACUCAGUAGCUGUGUUCAGGUCCCGGCCUGUGAUUAAUAUUCAGAAAACGGUCACCGUGACACCGAGCACGAUCGAUCUCCGCCAGAAAACAUUCUGUGGGGCGCCCAGCGGGAUAUGCCUCAAGGUGAAGGCCUGUUUUGAAUAUACUGCCAAACCCACAGGUUACAAUCCUUCGAUAACCAUUUUGGGCACACUCGAGGCUGAAAAGGAGAGAAGGAAAUCUGGGCUGUCAUCAAGAGUUCACUUUCGAAACCAAGGCUCUGAGGCCAAGUAUACUCAAGAGCUAACUCUGACCAGGCAGAAGCAGAAGGAGUGCAUAGAGGAGACCCUCUGGCUCCAGGAAAAUAUCCGAGAUAAACUGCGUCCCAUUCCCAUAACUGCUUCAGUAGAGAUCCAAGAGCCAAACACGCGGAGGAGAGUGAACUCACUUCCGGAGGUUCUUCCCAUUCUGAAUUCAAACGAACCCAAGACAGUUCACAGAGAUGUGCACUUCUUAAAAGAGGGAUGUGGAGACGACAAUGUAUGUAACAGCAACCUUAAACUAGAAUAUAAAUUUUGUACCCGAGAAGGAAAUCAAGACAAGUUUUCUUACUUACCAGUUCAGAAAGGUGUACCAGAACUAGUUCUAAAAGACCAGAAGGACAUUGCUUUAGAAAUAACAGUGACCAACAGCCCUUCGGAUCCAAGGGACCCCGCAAAAGAUGGAGAUGACGCUCAUGAAGCGAAGCUUGUGGCAACUUUUCCCGACACUCUGACUUACUCGGCGUACAGAGAACUGCGGGCUUUCCCUGAGAAGCAGCUGAGUUGUGUUGCCAAUCAGAACGGCUCGCAAGCGGACUGUGAGCUUGGAAAUCCUUUCAAAAGAAAUUCCAGUGUGACUUUUUAUUUGAUUUUAAGUACAACUGAGGUCACCUUUGACACCACAGAUCUGGAUAUUAAUCUGAAGUUGGAAACAACAAGCAAUCAAGAUAAUUUGGCUUCAAUUACAGCUACAGCAAAAGUGGUUAUUGAACUGCUUUUAUCGGUCUCUGGAGUUGCUAAACCUUCCCAGGUGUAUUUUGGAGGUACAGUUGUUGGUGAGCAAGCUAUGAAAUCUGAAGAUGAGGUGGGAAGUUUAAUAGAGUAUGAGUUCAGGGUAAUUAACUUGGGUAAACCUCUUAAAAACCUUGGCACAGCAACCUUGAAUAUCCAGUGGCCAAAAGAAAUUAGCAACGGCAAAUGGUUGCUUUAUUUGGUGAAAGUAGAAUCCAAAGGAUUGGAAAAAAUAGCUUGUGAACCACGAAGUGAAAUAAACUUCCUGAACCUAAAGGAGUCUCACAACUCAAGAAGGAAACGGGAAAUUGCUGAAAAACAGAUAGAUGAUAACAGAAAAUUUUCUUUAUUUGCUGAAAGAAAAUAUCAGACUCUUAACUGCAGCACGAACGUGAACUGCGUGAAAAUAAGCUGCCCGCUGCGAGGGCUGGACAGCAAGGCCUCUGUUGUUCUGCGCUCGAGGUUAUGGAAUAGCACGUUUCUAGAGGAAUAUUCCAAAAUGAACUACUUGGAUAUUCUCACGCGGGCUUCCAUUGACGUAGCUGCCGCCGCCGAGAACAUCAAGCUGCCAAACGCAGGCACUCAGAUUCGUGUGACUGUGUUUCCCUCAAAGACCACAGCUCAGUACUCAGGAGUGCCUUGGUGGGUCAUCCUAGUGGCCAUACUCGCUGGGAUUUUGAUGCUUGCUCUCUUAGUGUUUUUACUAUGGAAGUGCGGAUUCUUUAAACGCGCUAGGUACGACGAUAGCGUUCCCCGCUACCACGCUGUGAGGAUCCGGAAGGAAGAGCGGGAGAUCAAAGAUGAAAAAUACAUCGAUAACCUUGAAAAAAAACAGUGGAUCACAAGGUGGAAUGAAAAUGAAAGCUACUCCUAAAAGGGGCCCAGAAAAGCUUCACAGUACCCAAACUGCUUUCCCCCCACUAACUCAGAAAUCUAAGUGAACUUACGAGGCCGCUCCAUACCUGAAUGUUACCUUCGGACAGACUAUGCACGGUCCGAACUUACAGCUUUCACCGUGGAUGCUGUCGUGCAGCCUGAGGCUCCCUGGGCUUGCACAGCCGCAUUUAAGACUGUUGGAGUGGAGCUGGCUUUAACUGCCUUCAUUUAACUUUCCGGGUUGCCUUUGUUUUUGGUGUGGCCGCCUGGCGUGUGCCGGGG